AUGGCAACGCAACCACACGACUUGACUGUCGUGGCAGCCCUGUUCAGUGCCAUUGAGGAGCGCAACGCGCUUCUCGAAACAAUCAAGAGGAAAGAUGCAAUGUUGGAAACAUGCCAAGCACAGUUAACGCAGCGUAUGAAUGAGAAAAUUUCGUGUGAACGAGCUCAGACGAAGCUGGCAAAGUAUGAAAAGUUGCUCGAGGAUAAUGGAAUAGAGGGGGUGGAGGAAGUGAUUUGCAAGCUGGAGUAUCUGAAUGAUAUGGUGGAGAAAUUGCAAUUUAGGGCAAAAGAGGUAGAGGAGUCGGGAAAGAAUAUUGAGGGUUGA